CCUGCGCAUGCGCUCCGCUCGAAGGAGACCAGUCGAGGUCGAACUGUUGGAUUUUUAUAAGUCUUGGUUUUUUAAGGCAAAAAAUGCCCGCAGACUACGAUAAAGGAGCAUACCCAGAGCCUCCUCGGCAGACUCCGGUUAUAGACAAACAAACGGCACUGCCAAACCCAGCUCUGAUCUUGUCUAAACUCUUCUAUUACUCCGUGGACCUGCCCGUCACCACAUUUAGAGAUGCUGUUGACAGCAUUCGUGCUAAAAACAAGACCGUGUACUACCACCAGAAGUUCCGCCGUGUUCCUGACCUGACUGAGUGUGAGGAGGGAGAUUUCCCCUGCUACUAUGAGGCACAGAUGCAGUGGAAGAGAGACUAUGGAUCAGGAGAUCGUGGACUUGAUCCAGAGCGCCUGAGGGCCUGCCAGCAGAGAGAAGGACACAGCUACCAGCAGAACUGUGCCAAGGAAAUUCAGCAGUUCAACGAGGUGACGAAGAACUUCCUGUCACGCUAUGGAGACCUGGGAGCUAACGCCACUGCGAGGAAAUGUCUAAUGAAGCAAAAAGAGCGAAUGAUGGCAGCUCAGGCCCAGAGUGCUUAAGAACCCCUCUCUCUGUCCUAUGUAAUAAUUGUAAAAUAAAGUAUAUGUUAAAUCACAA